GACAUCUUGGAACCGGGCAUUACUUAGGGCGUUUGCGUUAAGUGCGUUUUACGAAGCUCCCGGGACACGAAGCGCAGCCUCUGCCUCUUCUCCUUUCUAGUUUUGUGUAACGGACUGAGAAGGGUGGAGAUGUGGCGCUAGGUUUACUGCGUUUGAAUAGAGGAAUCCCUUCUGUCACUUCCAGCUGGAAGGAUUGGAAACAUUUAUGUGCAAUGAGCUAUUUGCUGCCUUUUUCUGUUUUGCUCAUGGGACUGCUACCAACGAGAGCCAUGGCUUGGACCUCAACUGGGAAGACACAUGCUGAACUGAUCAACAAUCUUUAUAAAAAUGGUGUGAUUAAAUCCCAAUGUGUUCAUGCUGCGAUGCUGGCUACCGAUAGAGCCCACUAUGCCAAUAAUUUUCCAUAUAUGGAUUCUCCUCAGUCAAUUGGCUACAAGGCUACUAUCAGUGCACCUCACAUGCAUGCUCAUGCUCUUGAGUUACUGAAGGAUCAACUAGUGGAAGGAGCAAAGGCAUUAGAUGUAGGAUCAGGAAGUGGCUAUCUCACUGCUUGUUUUGCUCGAAUGGUGGGCCCCACAGGCAAGGCAAUAGGUAUUGAGCACAUAGAAGAAUUGGUUCACGAAUCCCUUAGGAAUGUCAGAAAAGAUGAUCCAAACUUACUUAGUUCUGGACAAGUAAAACUUUUAGUUGGGGAUGGUAGGAAGGGAUAUCCUGAAGAAGCCCCAUAUGAUGCCAUCCAUGUUGGAGCAGCUGCACCCACUGUGCCAAUAGAGUUGCUGAAUGAACUAAAACCUGGAGGACGACUGAUUUUGCCAGUAGGGCCAGAAAAUGGAAACCAGGUUAUGAUGCAAUUUGACAAAACGAUGGAUGGCCAGAUUGUGGAAAAACAUCUGAUGGGUGUGAUAUAUGUUCCUCUGACAGACAAAGAAAAACAGUGGCCUCGGUAAAAUAUUAAAACUUUUUUUCUUUUGUAAAGUUACCCAGAAUAGUGAAUUGGUGUCCUAAUUGGCUUUUGCUAAGCAAAGUAUAGAUACUAAUACAAGAAUGGAAUAGCUAACGAAACCGCUAUAGAAAUAGAAUUAUCUUCCCUUAAGCAGACAAGCAAUGAAAUCUUAGAAAACAAAAUCUCAAACAGUUUGAGCUCAUUAUAAUUUUUGCCAAAACCACUGUUCAAAAUGAUGAUGAUUUCAGAAUCUCUUUGCAUCUUUCUGACAUGUUACAGUUCUGAUUUUCCAAGAUUUAAUGCUAUGAAUAGAUACAAACUGCAAGUUAAGUUCUACCAUAUUUUAGCUUCAUGGAACUUGCUUUCCCAAAAAUAUGCAUGUGACUGGACAGGAGGUGUAUUUAUUAAGUGUGAAUUUAUAUAUACUUCAGUUUAAUAUUGAUGUUCUAAGGGGUUUUAUUAUGAAUAUUGUAACUCCAAAAUUUAACAAAUAUUCCUAUACACUUCUUUGAAUUAAAAUUAACAAUGGUAAAAUCAGUUUAGUAGUUGGGGUGGGGGUGGGGAGACUGAGAGUUCCUGCUUUGCCCCUCCCUCCAUUCCUCAUUUAUGUUCUUAUCACGAUUAUUUGUUCAAUCCAAAACUGGAAAGCAUGAUUUAGUAUUAAUUUACUAUUCAAAAUAUUCAGUAUUUAUAUAACACUAAACAGCCACCUUUGGUAGUAUUUUUUUCACUCACAGCCAAAUAUUAGCAUUGGGUUUUAGGAAGAAAGAAUUAUUGUGUGAUGUAAUAAAAGUCAAUUUUUUUUUCCUCUAGGGGUGAACUUUAAAAGAUUUAAAUAAUUUAUAAAGGACCUUUUGAAAAUCUAUGAACUAUGUUUCGAAAAAAUGAUAUUUGCAGUACAUUAUAUUUGAAUGCUCAUUUCUCCUCUUUGAAAGUAACAUUUGACCUGUAAUUUUAAGAACUUGGAUGGGAUUUGGAAACAAAGCAAUGGAAAUUCGUUGAUUCAGGGAUAACAACAUAUUUCACAAUUAACAAUAAUUUGUGUGUACCAUUGUAAAAUAAACAAUGGAUAAAAAACUG